AUGAAUCUUCAAAGUUCAUUAUCUGAUCCAGAAUCUAUUGAAUCAACAAAUCAACAAACAUCAAAGUCUCGUCGUCCUUUAACAUUACCAGUAUCUUUAAGUAACACUUAUCCUCAAAGUCCAGCUGAACGUUAUAUUAUUGCUAAAUCACAAAUGUUAAUAAGUCCAAACGAAGACUUAGAUAUUUCACCAAAAACUCCAUCAUCUAUAACUUCAUCAAUUACUCAAAGUAGUAUUAGUUCAGUUCAAUGUCCAAUGAGUCAUACUGAACUCAUGGAUAGAUGGCAUCAAAAAAAAGCGCAUGAAAUUUGUAAAAAACAUAAACAUCAAUAUAUAUACGGAACACCUUUAUCACCAUCGGCUCAAACAUCAAGUUCAUUGGGUAUGACAUUUUCUUUACCAAUGUUUUAUAAACCAGCUACACCAUCAAAUUUAUCUUCACCAUCGCAAAAGAAUGAUUUACAAUCAUCUAUUUCAUCAAAUCAUACAAUAAAAAAAAGAUAA